AUGAUGAAUUCGGCGUUUCGAAGCGUUCACUUUACUGCGUCUCGUCUGGUAAACCCUAACCCCUUUUCCUCUGCGAUUCUCCAUUUCCUUCCUCUCAUCUCCGUCGAAGCUGCUCCUCGGCGUUCCACUCCUCUUCGCUUUCGAAACGCGGUGUCACCUUCAUUUUCCUCUCCUUUCUGCUCAUCUUCCACUUCUUCUUCUCCUUCCUACAUUCCAAUGGCGGGAGGGAAUGACCAGGUGCCUCCACCAUCGUCUCAUUUGCUUGAGAAGCAGUUCGAGAACUUCCGUGUUCAGCUCGACGAUUCCGCAGCUUUGCGCGAGCAGAUUCGUGCUGUGGUUAUGGAGAUUGAGUCCGCCACGAGGCUCAUUCAAGCUAACCUCCUCCUUGUUCACCAAUCGCGACCCAUUCCCGAGGUUGUGGAGAAAGCUAAGGAAAAAAUCACUGACUUGAGGAAGUUUUACGGCCAGCUUGCUGAAAUCCUUCAGAAGUGUCCUGGACAGUACUAUAGGUACCAUGGAGACUGGAGAAGUGAAACACAGGCAGUGGUCUCCCAGCUUGCUUUUAUGCACUGGCUAGAAACUGGAACUCUUCUUGUGCAUACCGAAGCUGAAGAAAAACUUGGCUUGAACAGUUUGGAAUUUGGAUUGGAGACAGAAGAUUAUCUGACUGGAAUCUGUUUCAUGUCAAACGAUUUGCCUAGGUACGUGGUCAAUCGAGUGACAGCAGGAGACUAUGACUGCCCAAGAAAGGUGAUGAACUUCUUGACGGAUCUUCAUGCAGCCUUUCGCAUGCUCAACCUCAGGAACGAUUUUCUCCGCAAGAAAUUCGACAGUAUGAAGUAUGACUUGAGAAGAGUCGAGGAAGUUUACUAUGACGUCAAGAUCCGAGGUUUGAUUUCCGCUGGAGAUCCUCCUGCCGUCCAAGGAGUCCAAGCCCAAUCCUCUUAA